AUGACGAGAGGCCAUUGCUAUGACAAAAAUGGAGUGAAGAGAGGUGCGUGGAGUAAGGAGGAGGAUGAAAGGUUAAGAGCGUAUGUUGAGAGAUAUGGCCACAGCAAUUGGCGUCAGCUCCCCAAACACGCAGGUUUAUCAAGGUGUGGAAAGAGUUGCCGACUUCGCUGGCUAAAUUACCUUCGUCCGGGCGUGAAGCUGGGAAAUUAUACCCAGGAAGAAGACGAACUCAUCAUCAAAUUGCAUGAACAGCAUGGAAAUAAAUGGUCUUUGAUUGCCAAAAGGUUACCAGGGAGAAGUGACAACGAGGUUAAGAACCAUUGGCAUAGCCACCUAAAGAAGCACGUGGGGUGCAAUCAUGAGGAAAAAUCUGAGUUCAAAACGAAGGCUAGUGGUACUUGUGAAGGAGAAACAACAAAGAAUUUCGAACCUGAAAACCCUCUGCUUGGUUUUUCUGCUGCUACCUCCAGUGAUGUCUCAGAAAGCUCACCACCCUUUUACAAUUCAUCUUCAGCCUUUUCCUCAGGAGGAUCAGGCGCUGCUAAUGUUGCAUGGGAAAUAUUUGACGAAUUCGGAGAUUUUUGGACCCAACCAUUUGUCUCAGAAAAUAUAUAUGACCAGGAUAACUGUUAUAGCCUGUACUAUGCUGCACACGAAGCUGACGUGGAUGAUUAUUCCUCAUACCUCCUCGAAAAUGCUGAGUUUUUGUGGCAAGAGAUGCAAGAAUUUCCUGAAGAUCCUCAAAAGGAUAUAUAG